UACCGAUCGACCAAUCGACCGAUCGACCGAUCGCCACCCGUCCAACAAACAGGCGACCACCGACCAACCGACCAACCGACCAACCGACCCACCAAAGUCGCACACGAACCGACUCUCGAAUCGGAUCGGAACAUUGCCACAUUGGUUCGAUUGAUUGAUGACAAUCGGAAAGUGAGUUGUUCGUCCGUCCGUCCGUUCGUUCGUUCGUUCGUUCGUUCGUUCGUUCGUCCGUUAAUUAGUUUGUGCGUGUCGGUGACUAUGUGACACACGUCCGACACCCAACCAGGCCUGAUCUCAAUCCCGGCGACUCUUCCAACCCUCCUCCCAGUGCCACUUUCGGUUCCACCGCCAAAAUGCACAUAAACGUCGACUUUGUGUCUUGUCGGACCGUCCAGGCUUGGACGCUCUUCCUCCUUCUCCUGAGUGCAAACAUCGGCGUCGGCGUCGGCGGCGGCGACAAACAUCAACAAAACACCAACAACAACAACAACGACCAGAAAUCAUCAUCAUCGUCGUCGUCGACGUCGUCGUCGUCGUCGUCCAGUUCGAGCGGCGGCGGCGGCUGCGGCGGUUGUGCGAUGCACGAAGAGCUGAAGCAGCGGAACCUGGAGGUAAUCAAGAACGAGGUGUUGCGCAAGUUGGGCUUCUCGCAUCCGCCGAACGUGACGAGGAAGGAGUUCCCGGAAGUACCUGCUCACAUCUACGAAAUCUACGGGAUGCAGGCCGACGAACCGUACGGUCGACAGCCGCACACGCCCGGAUUUUCGGUGCACGAGGAGGACGACGAGUACCACAUCAAGACGCAGAAGGUCCUCGUCUUCGCCAAGCCAUUUCCCCGCCAGCGGCACCAUCAGCACCACGACGCCCUGCAGCUGCAGCUGACCGACUCCAUCCUGAAGUACUACGUGGCGAACGCGACGCUCUACUUCUACAUCCGCGGCGCCGACCACCACCCCCUCUCCGACGUGCACAUGGACGUGUACAAGAUCGUGCGACCCGCCACCGGCGCCACGGAGCCCGUCCUCAAGCCCAUCUGGUCCAAGAAGCAGCCGCAGCAGUACGGCCGCGGCGAAUGGAUCCAGCUGGACUUCAGCGAGACCAUCUCGGAGUGGUUCAAGCUGCGCUCGGACAACUACGGCUUCGUCAUCAACGCCACCGUCAACGGCAAGAAGGUGCUCAUCACCGACGUGGUCGGCAAAUCGCCGUACGUGGAGAUCUCGACGACGGAGUCGCGCCGGAGGACGCGGCGAAGCGUCGGCCUCAACUGCAACGAUUCGACGCAGGAGAAGCUGUGCUGCCGCUACCCGCUCGAGGUCGACUUCGUCAAGUUCGGCUGGGACUUUAUCAUCGCCCCCAAACGGUACGACGCCCACUUCUGCAGCGGCGAGUGUCCGCUGUUGGCGCUCCAGAAGUUCCCGCACUCGCACCUGAUGAACCUGGCGUCGCAGAACUCGGCCCAGCCGUGCUGCGGCCCGCGGAAGAUGUCCGCCAUCUCCAUGCUCUACUUCGACGAGAACUACAACGUGAUGUACGGCAGUCUGCCCGGCAUGGUCGUCGAGCGGUGCGGCUGCUCUUAGGAUCGUCAUCACACUAAUUUAAUUUAUUGUCGCCUCCGACGGGAAUAGUGAAAGAAAAAGACUGUUUUGCCCCUGAACUCCGCCACGUCCACGUGUAAAUAACCCCCGCCCUCGCCCCCACGUUUUUUAUUUUUCGUUUUUUUAUUAUUUUUAUUGUAAAAAGUAUGUGAUAUGUUUUUUUUUUUUUUUUUUGAUCUUAGCUAGUAAUUUUUGAUAUUUGUAUAUUUAUUGAGAUUUAGACGAAGAACGUAGAGUAUAAAGUAGUAGAAAGGCAGUAAGCAGAGUAAGCAGAGUAAGCAGAGUAAGCAGAGUAAGCAGAGUCGGCAGUAAAAGAGCUGAAGCACGGUGAACAAGAGGAGAAUACGUAGAUGAAUCAGUGAUACGUUGGUGAUGAUGCACGAUGCACGGAUGUUGUGGAACGAACAAACGAACAAACAAACAAACAAACAAACAAAAACAGAAAACAAAUGUUGUGAUAGGAAGCCUUAAAAAAAUCAUUCGACGAAAUUUGUGAUAACGGAAAGCAAACUGAAUCCAAGUAAAACUAUGUAUAGUAACCAACCGAAACAGUGACUCUUUUUAUUUUUUUUUUUUUUUGGAAACGUGUACAUAUUUUGCAAAGACUUGUAAUUGUAUAAAUUGUUAAUAUUAAUCGAUCUCUCUUUUCCUUUCUCUCCUCUCUCUCUCUCUCUCCCUCUCUCCUUUUUCCUCCCUUUCUCUUUGUUUGGUUCUAAAAGUAGGAAAUUGAAAUCAAGUAUUUUUCGGUCCUUGCAUUUUUCUUGUGUGACUUGCUUUUUUACCCAUAUGAUGUAUGAUGUAUGAUAAAAUUAGUUUUUAGUUAUUUUUUUUUUUUUUGCUAAAUAAACUCAACAAAAUACACGAAUAAAAAUGUACAAACAUUUGAAA